AUGGAAAUAUAUAAAAUGUUUAAUGACAAAAUAGUUGAUAAUAAUAGUGUUUUAUUAUUUAAAUUAAUAAAUAAACUAAUUCAUUUAAUUGAAGAACAAUCCUUAUUAAUUGUUAUAAAGAAUAGUGUAUGUGAAAAUUCUCGUAUAUCAAUCUCAACAAUAGAUACAGCUAUGAUAAGUAAUCAAGUUCAUUUUAUUAACUAUCAAUUUCAAACGAUAGAAAUUUUACGACAAAUGAUUACGACAGUAGAAGAAAUGAAAACUUCAGAUAAUAUUCGUCAUUUAAUUCCACAGCCAUGCCAUACUAUUCACUAUGAUCGAUCGAAUGGUAAUAGUCUUACGCGAUAA